CUUUCUGGCAAAACCACCAUAACACUCUCCGCACGCAGCGCCUGCCGGGCCAGACUGAGAUAUAUAUGCAUCACACCCCUCCGGAGAAGCCCUGGGUUGGUUUGCUCUGCCUGGUGAUGUUUUCUUUUCCCACUUCGUAUUAGCAGCUGUUGAAACUGUCGAGCUAACAAGCUAACAGACGUUAUUCAAAACUGCAGUUUUACUCUAAACUAGCAUUAGCACAUUUAGCAUAGUUUACUCCCUUGGUUCAGCACAAGCGUGUCAGACUGGAGUGGCUGCAUUUCAAUGGAGACCCUGUCACUAACAGCUGGUGAUGAUGCUACGCAGGAUCUCCGUCCACCACCACCGCCUCAAAGUGGAGUCUCUGACACCCUGUCCCUGUCGUCUUAUAAGGACUAUCCUGCUCACAGUCCCUUCAUCGACACACUGUUGCACCACACACCCAGGCAUGCACGCACACGUCAGUCCUGUCGCCCAUCAUCACCCAGCAAAGCAUUCCCAGAGACCAACAGUGCAGCGAUCUUAUCUGCCUUGAGGAACCUCCAGGAGAAGAUCAGGAGGUUAGACUUGGAUAAAGGACGUGCAGAACAUGGUGUUCAAACUGUAGGCCAAGACGCAUCACGCAUUCAUCCUCAGAGCGAGAACGUCACACGGGGACUCUCCAGUGAUCAGACAGACAUGCAGAGAGACACAACUGACCCGUCCAACUGUAACCAAGUGUUGAUCACCCACCUUGCUGCUGCAGAGUCUCGCUGUGUGAAACUGGAGCGGCAGCUGGAUCACAUGAGGAGGAUGUUGCGGAAUGCCAAGGCAGACAGGACCAAUCUGGUCAAACAGCAGGUUUCCAUGGAUACCGUCAAGUUAGCUGAUCACCAGCCUGACAAAGUGUUUGAGCGUGCUCACGUGGAGAAGCUGGAGCGACUGGAACAGGAGUAUCUUAAUCUCACACGCACGCAGAACAGUGCUGAGAUGAAGAUUCGUGAACUAGAGAUGAAACUACAGGAGGAGGAGCACCAGAGAAAGCUCAUUCAGGACAAGGCCAUCCAGCUACAGACAGGUUUGGAGGCUAACAGGAUCCUGCUGCAGUCAGUGUCACCUCGCCUGUCCACCAGACAGUCCAAAGAGAAGAAGUCCAAUUCACAGAAAACUUCGCAUCAGCAGUUGUCGAACACACAGCCACACUUUAGACUGAGCCUCAGGGAUGUUCCGUUUGUUGCUGGAAUGGAGCAAAGACAGAUGAAGUCUUGA